UUUAUUUUGUCAUGGCUGUGUGACGUCAUAAGUGUGCGCCACCCGCACCGCUGCGUCUUGAUUUGGCUGGAAAAAAGAACAGCAGAUUAUUAUGAAGAUGGCGUUUAUUAAAGAGGAGAGUGAAGACGUGACGGUUGAAGAAACAUUCACAGUCAAACAUGAAGAGACUGAAGAAGCUUUCAGUGUCAAAUGUGAAGAUGCUGAGGAGCAAACAGAGUGCCCAAACUCUCAGUAAAGCAGAUUAUUAUGAGGAUGGCGUUUAUUAAAGAGGAGAUUGAAGACGUGAAGAUUGAAGAAGCUUUCAGAGUCAAACAUGAAGAUCCUGAGGAGCAAACAGACUUUAUUGUGGUGAAAGUGGAGAGUGAAGAUCUGAAUGAAUUGGAAGAGGUGAAUCCUCACGAUGGCAGGACUGGAGAAAAUUCACAGACUGAAAAUACUCAGUCAUCAAGAAGUGCUCACAACACUAAAACUGCGCAUGUUUUCUGCCAGCUUUGUGGAAAGAGUUUCGUUAAUAAAGGAACUCUUAAAGUGCACAUGAAAAUUCACUCCGGAGAGAAGCCGUACAGCUGCCAGCAGUGUGGAGCAAGUUUCCCUCGCAUAGACACUUUAAAAGCCCACAUGAACAUUCACACCGGAGAGAAACCUUACUUAUGCCAACUGUGUGGAAAGAGUUUCGGUCACAAAGCAUCUCUUUAUAUUCACAAGAGACUCCACACCGGAGAGAUGCCUUAUGCCUGCAAACUGUGUGGGAAAUCCUUCAAACAGAAAUCUAAUCUUACGACACACAUGAGGGUUCACACCGGAGAGAAGCCUUUCACGUGCCAACAGUGUGGAAAAUGUCUCACAAGUAAGCGGCGGCUUGAUGAACACGUGCUGAUGCACUUCAGAGAGAACAGCUUUAAAUGCCAUCAGUGUGAAAUGAGUUUCUCAGACAUGAACAUCCUCAAGAGGCACAUAACAACUCACAUCGGACAGAAGCCGUUUAUAUGCCUGCAGUGUGGAGUGAGCUGCACAAACAAGGCAAACCUCAAGACUCACAUGAGGAUCCACACUGGAGAAAAGCCGUUCGCCUGCCCAUAUUGUGAAAAGUGCUUUUCACGGAAGCGUAGUCUUCAGGAUCACAUGGGAAUUCACACCGGAGAGAAGCCGUACACGUGUGAGCAGUGUGGAAAGAGUUUCACUAACAGUGGAAGCCAUCAUCUCCACAUGAGGACUCACACCGGAGAGAAGCACUUCACCUGCCAGCAGUGUGGAAAGAGCUUUUCGCAGAACGGAACUCUUAAGGAUCACAUGAGAAUCCACACGAGAGAGAAACCUCUCAGCGGAUGCAUUUCCAGCCGCAACCCAUCUCUGGGAAGUGUAAAUGAUCCUGGCAGAGUGUCCAAACACAAAGAACAGCAGAUUAUUAUAAAGAUGGCGUUUGUUAAAGAGGAGAGUGAAGAUGUGAAGAUUGAUGAAACAUUCGCAGUCAAACAUGAAGAUCCUGAGGAACAAAAAGAUCUAACAAAGCUGAAAGAGGAGAGUCAAGAACUGGAUAAGGUGGAAGAGGAAGAUCAUAUAAGCGCAGAGGAGCAUGAGCUCCUGACUGGAGGAAAAUCUGAACAUGCUGAAAAGAAAUCCUCAAGAAAAAGAUCUAAGAAACUCUUUUUCAACAAGUCUUUCACCUGCCAUCAGUGUGGGAAGAGUUUCACCCAGAAACAAGACAUGAAAGUCCACAUGAGAGUUCACACUGGAGAGAAGCCUUUCGCCUGCCAACAAUGUGGACAGGGUUUUACCCAAAAAGGAAACCUCAGUGCCCACAUGAGGGCUCACAAUGGAGAGAAGCCGUUCACUUGCACCCAGUGCGGACAGGGAUUUACACGUAAAGAAAUCCUUAACGGACACAUGAGAAUUCACACCGGAGAGAAGCCUUUCACCUGCCAACAGUGUGGACAGAGCUUUACGCAAAGAGGAAACCUCAUAGCCCACAUGAGAGGUCACAACAAAGUAAAGCCUUUCUCUUGCGCCGAGUGUGGACAGGGCUUUACACAAAAAGGAAACCUCAAAGCCCACAUGAGAGCUCACAGUGGAGAGAAGCCUUUCGACUGCAGUCUUUGUGGACAGAGUUUUGCGCGUAAAGAAAUCCUCAACGCCCACUUAAGAGUUCACACCGGAGAGAAGCCUUACAUUUGCACAAAGUGCGGACAGAGUUUCACUCAAAAAGGAAACCUGAAUUCCCACAUGAGACGCCACAGCGGAGAGAAGCCUCACACGUGCAGUCAGUGUGGACAGAGCUUUACACGUAAAGAAGUCCUUACUUCCCACAUGCGAAUUCACACCGGAGAGAAGCCCUAUACCUGCACUGAGUGUGGACGUAGUUUUGCACAAAAGGGGAAUUACAAUACCCACAUGAGAGGUCAUAGAGGAGAGAAGCCUCACACUUGCACUCAGUGUGGACGGGGUUUUACACGUAAUGAAGUCCUCAUCGCCCACAUGAGAGUUCACACCGGAGAGAAGCCUUUCACAUGCCAGCAGUGUGGACAGAGUUUUACACAAAGAGGGAACCUAGAAGGCCACAUGAGAAGUCACGGUGCAGAGAAACCUUUCGUAUGCACUCAGUGUGGACAGAGCUUUACUCAAAAGGGAAACCUGAAUGCCCACAUGAGAGCGCACAAUGGAGACAAGCCGUUCACUUGUUCUGAAUGUGGACAGAAUUUUACACGCAAAGAAAUACUUGCCUCCCACAUGAGAAUUCACACUGGAGAGAAGCCGUACACCUGCGCUCAUUGUGGACAGAGAUUUAGGCAAAGAGGAAACCUGACGGCCCAUUUGAGAAUACACAAUGGCGACAAGCCCUUCGCUUGCACUCAAUGUGAACAGAGUUUCACGCGUAAAGAAAUACUCAAUGCCCACAUAAGAGUCCACACUGGAGAGAAACCUUUCACGUGCCAGCAGUGUGGACAGAGCUUUACACAAAAGGGAAAUCUGAACUCCCACAUGAGAUGUCACAAUGGCGAUAAGCCGUUCGCUUGCUCUCACUGUGAACGAAGUUUUUCGCGCAAAGAAACACUUGAUGGUCACAUGAGAGUUCACACCGGAGAGAAGCCUUUCGUCUGCCAACAGUGUGGACAGAGCUUUAAACUACAAGGAAACCUUCGAGUCCACACGAGAUGUCACAAUGGAGAGAAGCCGUUCGCUUGCACUCAGUGUGAACGAAGUUUUUCGCGCAAAGAAACGCUCGAUGGUCACAUGAGCGUUCACACAGGAGAGAAGCCUUUCAGCUGUCAACAGUGUGGACAGAGCUUUAAACAGAAAAGAAGCCUCCGAGCCCAUGUAAGAGAUCACUCUGCAGAAAAGCCUUUCAGUUGCGAACUGUGUGAGAAGAGUUUCUCACAGAAAAAGUGUCUUGAGACUCACUUAAAAAGCCACACUGGCGACAAGCCAUUCAUAUGCGGUCAAUGUGGAAAGAGUUUGAAAAGUAAAGUAAACCUCUUCCAGCACAUGAGGAUUCACUCCGCUGAUGACUGCGUUAUAUGUUAUGAGUGUGGGAUGAGUUUCAAAGACAGGAUAGAUCUUAAAAACCAUGUAAACAUUCACAUCGGCCAGAAGCCGUUUAUGUGCGUCAACUGCGGUAAAGCUUGCCUAAACAACUCAAUCCUUGAAGUUCACAUGAGGGUUCACUCCGGAGAGAAGCCUUUCACCUGUCAGCAGUGUGGAAAGUGUUUCACUCAGAAGCAAAACUUUAAAGUUCACUUGCGAGUUCACACUGGAGAGAAGCCUUUCGCAUGUCUUCAGUGUGAGACGAGUUUCAUGUAUCAAAGAGACCUGAAACGUCAUAUGCAAACCCACUCUGGAACUCAAUUGUAGCCUUCCCCAAAAGUUGCAAGAUGUAGUUUCAGACAAAUGUACUCUGGAGUAAAGCUGUUUUAUUUUAUAAGCAUAUUUAAAAUGUUUCAUCACAAACAUUUUGUGAUUACACUUGUAGAAAAGCCUGAAAAAUCAUGCAGAUGUGGGACCCAGGCCCGGAUUGGCUAAUCGGGAGGACCGGGAGAAUUCCCGGUGGGCUGGUCCGUUUUUUGGCCGCGAGGGCCGGUGUCCCUAGCUCAAGAAUCUGUUGCUCUUAGCAGUCAAACUUUUUACAUUAAUUUAUUUAUUUACUUGACCACAGUGUUCUUAUUCAUUAUUUUACCGCAGCUCGGGUCUUUUGAUCUAUUUUCUCACAGCCUCGUGAGCAAGAUGCUGCCUGCAGGUUAAUGAUUAUAUAACUUAGAUGGUCUAGCUGUUAGCACGUUAGGUUACGGCACCACCGACCCGGGAAUGAUCCUGGUCUGAGUAAUUUAUUUUUUUCAUUUUUAUUGUUAAGACAUAUAAUACUGUUAGUUACUGUUACUGUUAAUAGUGUAAUUAGAAACUGAAUUGGAAAUGACCUUAUUCUAAUAUAGUCAGUCGUGAACUGAGGUGGGUCGGUCUUAGGCUUGAAUCUCCAGGGCUGAAAAGGAGUCCCACUCUGGCCCUGGUGGGACCAUUGAUUGUUUUGAAGCUGUAGUAUAACUUUGGAAGCUUUUUUGUUGAAUAUAUUUCAAUCUUUAAAGCAGUGAAAUCUCUACUCAAUCUUCUUUACAUUACUACCAAUGUCGUUGAGGAAGCAGGUUUCAGUUGGCACAUCUUAAGCCAGAUUGAUGGCAUCUGGAACUGAAGUCAGCUCAUGAUUAGCAUCGGUUAAAUUUUAACUACAGCGCAUCAUUAAGGAGUGUUAUGUGGGUCUACACACCAUACCCUCUGCACUAGCACCAAGUUGUGGAGUAGUGAUGGGAGUUUCAGAUCAUUUUACUGACUCGGACCUUUGAGUCUUGUUCAUCGAGAUGAACAAAUCUUUUUUUGAUUUUGUUCAUUAUGCCAAAAUGCCAUUAAUGUUACGAGUUGCUUCCAAACACAUCCAACUAGCCCAAAGGUUAAUCACACUACAUACAAGUCAAAACUAGAAUGCUAUAAGCAAGAGAAAAUAAUCAUUCAUUGUUUA